AUGCACCUUCCAUCGUUAUUUGCAUGGCUGCUUCCAAUUUCAAUAACUGCUGUCUGUGCAGUGAAGUGCUAUUGUACAGAUGAUCACUGUGUACCCUACGGUGUAUGUGAAAGUACAAUAUGCUUGGUUGGAAUACUCAAAAGUUCCAAUUCAGUUAUCCGAACAUGCGGUACGGAGAUGAUUGGCUGCCGAAGAAAUGUUGGAAGGUGGCUUGAUUUGUGCGCUUGCGAUAAGCCUCUGUGCAAUACAUUUUCAUAUCUCAGGAAUAAUGCUAAACGUGAAGAUGAAGUGUUCAGUGGCGAUUCCCUCAUUUUUAGUCGUAUACACAGUGUGGAUUCAAAUCCAUCACAUCCGGGACCAGAUGCUCCGUUAUCCACUCGUACAUCUUUCCUCACCAUACUUCUUGUCGGUGUACCAUUAGCAGUUGGAGCUGCCACCGUGGUCGUUGUUGCCUUCAAUUAUUACUGCCACCUGUGUUAA